AGCGAGGAUCGAAUCAUCACGAGCUUUAGAAAGACCUACUCUGUUCCACUAUGGGCCCUGGAGUCUCUCGGUGCGCCGAAAGUCGGAGCAGCACACCUCCAAAAGCCAUCUCCACUUGCCAAUAAUGCAUGCCUCUAACAAUAUCAUCCUCAGAGCACUCGAGCUGCUACUACAACACGCCUUACAAGAUGACCGCCGUCUGUGUCCAGCCGCCUAACCCUGUCGGGCCACUAGGGCAGCCUGACAUUGCGUAUGCGCCCGAUUAUACCAAGUAUCUCGCUCGGGGCGAGAGACGUAUGAAGGACGAAUCCCUACAGAAGACGCUUCCUGCGGGUUUCCCACAAAAACUUAACUCUGAGCUCGUCUGGGAAGGAAAAGACAUUGGAAAGCAAUUUGAUUGGGACUACCACCUGACCAAGGAAGAUCUGCUGGAGAUCGACAAUGCUCUCAAGCAUUUCAAAGCGUCGGGUUUGCAUUUGGGCCUUAUCGAUCAACAGACAUUCCCCCUGGCUAAGCUUCACAAAACCAUGCGCGCUAUUUCGCGCGAGGUGCACCAUGGUCACGGGUUCAAGGUCGUCCGAGGAAUCCCGGUGGACGACUACUCGCGAGAGGAUAACGUGAUCAUUUAUGCAGGACUUUCGUCCCACGUGGCAAGCAUUCGUGGUCGCCAGGACUCAACGUGGCUCGGUAAACCCGCAGACGUUGUCAUGGCUCAUGUAAAGGACUUGUCUAACAUGGGCUCAAGUAACGUUGGCUCUCCCGCUUACACAGCGGAAAAGCAAGUCUUCCACACAGAUACCGGCGACGUCAUUGCCCUCUUUGCACUAUGCGAAGCUGAAUCAGGGGGCGAGAGCUUCCUGUCGAGUAGCUGGCACGUUUACAAUGAACUUGCCGCUUCGCGGCCGGAUCUCAUUCGCACACUCUCCGAGCCAUGGGAAUUUGACGAAUUUGGCAGAAACGGCAAGACUUCCACGUCGCGUCCGCUGCUCUAUUACCAGGCCGCUAAGGCCGAAAGUCCCGAGCGGAUGAUUAUCCAGUAUGCUCGUCGGUACUUCACAGGUUACUGGGGUCUUCCUCGAACAAACAGCAUUGGACCGAUCACGGAAGCUCAAGCGGAAGCAUUGGACGCGCUCCACUUCCUUGCUGAGAAGCAUGCCGUGUCCGUGGAUUUCCACAAGGGUGAUAUCCAAUUCGCGAACAACUUGAGCAUUUUCCACGCCCGAGGUUCCUUCAAGAACUUGGGAGAAAAGCAACGACAUCUAAUCCGUCUAUGGCUACGAGAUGAAGAGAAUGCUUGGGAGACACCAGCCCAGCUCCAACCUCUCUGGGACCGCGUCUACAAGGAUUUGAAGGCCGAGAACAGCGUCUUCCCACUAGACGCAACAAUGCGUGAGACAGACAACGUAGGGUCAUCUACUACGUGAUAAGUACUAGCUAUAGCAAGACAUGUUUAUCUCUUAGAUAUGUAACGUGUUUUACAAGCGAGUCGCGCACCUCAACAAGUUAUGCAUGUCUACAGGCUUAUAUCUUGUUGCGGUAUCGCCCGACAGACUACCCUAGUCUCGUGUGUGACAGGUCACUGGCUUGAGCUCAGGUAUAUAUUCGUCAUCUCCCAGCUAGAUAGCAAUUCAGUGCAGUCUUCCAUCGACCCGAUGGUCCUACGUUAUUGUUUACCGUAGCUAUCAGUAUACCGCAGCGGCCCACGCCGCAACAUAUCUUAACAACA